AACUGCAGAAACAAAAGCUGGAACUACAAGGAUGAAGAAGACACUACUGUUUGUCCUCAUUCUCUCAGGGUUGUCUACACUGUCUACAAAGAUCACUAGAAAGUACCACUAUAUAAAGAUAUUAAAGACCUGGGCUGAAGCUCAGAGUUACUGCAGAGAGACGUUCACUGACCUCGCCACUGUAGAAAAUCAAGAUGACCACGACAGGCUGCAGCGUAUAUUACAGGGCGAUGGAGAAUAUGCAUGGAUAGGACUUUAUGAUUACCUGACCAGAUGGAAGUGGACGCUGGGAAAUGCAGACUUCAACAAUGACACAGAUUUCAGCAACUGGGUACCACAUCAAACUGUCCCUAAUCCCAACAACAAAAUCUGCACUGCGAUGACAGCAGACGGGCUUUGGUAUGUCACUGCAAGUGGAGCAAAACAUCCUGCAGUCUGCUAUUAUGGCCUCGCCAGUGUGAGGAACAAUCUUGAGAAUAAUAACAUCUCUUCAUUGCUGUCAGAAACAUCCUGGAUCGGUCUCUUCAAAGCAAAGUGGGCUCGCUGGUCUGACCAGAGCAGAUCAGUCUUCUCUAACUGGAAUGAGGGCCAGCCCAAAAUCAAUUGGGACACUAUGGAAUCGUGUGCUGCACUCAACACAACCACAGGAACGUGGUGGGAUGUUGACUGCAAUUCAAAGCACUAUUUUAUUUGUGAAGAGUUUAAAAUUCGGCACAAAAAAACUUUCAAGUUAAAGUUUCAGUCUGAGGCCGACCUGAAUGAUCCUGCUGUCCAGCAACAGAUUUUAGAGCAGCUGCAUGCUAAACUGGAGAAACAUGGAUUACCAGACUUCAAACUCCGCUGGGUUGAGACGGAUGGACAGACUUUUCACAAGCAAAAGCAGGAGGAAGAGGAAGGGUCGAGUGGCUGAGAGGUCAUUGUGCAGAGGACAACAUGGUCUUUCUAUAAUUCAACUCUCUCCAAUAAGAAAUGACUAAUUUAGCUGCUUUCAAUCCUAAUAAUUCUAGUAAUAACUGGCUUCAAUGUAUUUAGUUGCCUACCGUGUAGCUACAGUUUUUUAAUGACUUAAAAUGUUCAUUUCACCGGAUAUUUGUUUUCAGUUUAGAAAAUGCUGAAAACACAGAUUCCUGCUUGUGACUUAAGAACAUGUAGUGAGGUUUGAAAUUAGGUUAAAAAAAAUAUAAACAUGUUUUUAAACAUGACAUAUUUUAAAUGUUUUAUGAGUCCUUGUAAAGUCUUGUGAAAUUCCAAAUCUUUUAAUGUUUGAUGUUUUAGCAGCUUUUUCUGCCUUUGACAUAUGUAAUCCUGUUAAUGAUAAGCAUCAUAGUUAACAUCAGUUAUGAUUUCUUACAGUGUGUUUUAUCUUUUGUUUGAAGCAAAGGCCAAUUUUGUGUGUGUGUGGUACUUUAUUAAAUAUGGAAUGUUAAAGCAAUGCUACAUCAUCCAGCAAUUUCCUUCAUUUGAUACUUAAAUACAUCCAAGUGUACAUUUCAGGUAGACAUUCUUGGCAGGGAUGUCCUGAUCAAAGUUUUGUCCCUGAUUGCCUAAAACAUUAUUACAAUAUUAAGCAAUGUUUUCAACAUUCAAUUAUCAACCUAUCAUCAUAAAUAGAACAUUUUAUUUACAAUGUACUAAUUAUUGUAUUAAAAAGUAAACAUCCAAA